AUGCGUGCCUCCUUCUUCACCAUCCUCAGCGCCACCCUCGCGUCGACGGCGAGCGCGCUCCCUGCCGCCACCGCCGCCGCCGCGGAGCCCGGCCUCAUCGACCUGGCGCCCUUCAAGGGCACCAUGGGCUUCCCGACGCGCCCCGUCAUGUCGGUCGAGGAGGCUCUCGCGCGCACAGCCAAGGUCAAGGCCGACGCCGAGGCGUGGGAGAGAUCGCACAAGUCGCAGCUCGCGGUCCGGUCCGCGUCGGACAACGCCAGGGAGUACGCGGCGGGCCGGGCGCGGAGCACGUGCAAGAACCCCGAGGUGCGCAUCGAGUGGCGCAACUUCCCGCACGAGUACCGCCUCCUGUGGGUCAAGGCGGCGCGCUGCGUCUACGACCUGCCGCCGCACCCGGGCUACCCGGCCGCGGCCAAGAGCAUGGCCGAAAGUAUGGCAUAUAUCCAUCAGCAGCUUAUGGAGAACAUUCACUCGGUCGGCCACUUCAACAUCUGGCACCGCCUGUUCCUGUGGAACUACCAGGAGAUCCUGCGCAACCAGUGCGGCUACCCGCGCGAGCUGCCCCUGCCCUGGUGGGACGAGACCAAGGACUCGGGCAAGUUCUCCCAGGCCUCCAUCUUCGGGCCCGACUACUACGGCGAGGCGCCUCCCGUGGUGGUCAAGGGCGGCAAGGAGUACGCCACGUGCGUCCGCACCGGCGCCCUCGCCAACCUGACCAUCAGCAUCGGCCCCGUACACAACCUGACCACCCCGCACUGCCUGUCCCGCGCCGUCAACGAGACCCAAACCGCCCAGACGGCCAAGGCCUUUGUCGACCUCGGCAACUCCUACCCUUCGUUCUGGGACAUGGCCGUCUCGCAGGAGGAGGGCCCGCACGCCUUUGGCCACACAGGCGUCGGCUCCGUCAUGGGCGACAUGUGGGCGUCCCCGGCCGAUGCCAUCUUUUACAUGCACCACACCUUCACCGACCGCAACUACUGGGCCUGGCAGCAGGCCAACCCGUCGAACCGCACCUAUCAGAUCGGCGGCAUGAACGCUACCGUCGGCCCCAGGACGGCCAGCACCCUGGACUCCCCCAUCCGCUUCAUGGGUCUGUUCAACGAGACCACGAUUCGCCCUUUGCAGGACACCCAGGGCGGCAGCCCCUUCUGCUACGUCUACGACUACUAG